AUCGAAUCGAAGUCCUGUUUGACGGCUUCACGGCGGUUUUAGUUGCCUGGAAAUCGGCUUUUAUAAAAAUAAUAUGUGGUAAAACAUAACAACUACAAAAUGGUGAUACCCAGCCCGUUCGUCUAUUGGGCGCAAACAGAGAAGGAAGUAUCCUUGAAGAUCGACUUGAAAAAUGUUGUAAAGCCCGAUGUGAACGUUCUGGAAAGCAAGAUUAAGUUCUCCGCUGACGGCAUAGGUGCUCACGGCAAAACACUUUACGAGUUUAGUUUAGACUUGUACUCUCCCAUAAAAUCGAUUGAAUCUGACAGUGAGUACCCAACAACGGUGCGCAUAUUCGAUAAUCGCGUGGAAGUGAUUCUGGUGAAGGAAAAGCCGUCAUGGUGGCCCCGACUGACAGCACAACCUCAAAAACCAGCCUGGGUGAAGAUAAACUUCGAUCUGUGGACCACGGAGGAUGGCUUGGACAGCGAGGAUGAGACCCGUGACGUCAUGAAGGACUACCCUGGGAUGUAUGACAAGCUGCAGAAAGAAGAGUUUGGCUAUAGGAAAGAAGACUACAAGAAAGUAUACCUCAUCCUCUACAACCUGUUCCAAUUCGUGGGCUUCUCCUACAUCCUAGCUGUCAUGGCCGUUCGCUAUAUGAAGCUAGAAGGGGACUCCAUCGCUGACACGUAUGAACAUGUCGGACCAGCCAUGAAGUUCCUGCAACUGAUGCAGUAUCUAGAAGUCAUGCAUCCCAUGUUUGGAUAUACUAAGGGAGGCGUUUUAGUCCCGUUCAUGCAAGUAAGCGGCCGUGCCAUGGUCCUGUUCGCUAUGAUAGAAGCGGAGCCGCGCAUGCAGACCAAACCUGUUGUGUUCUACCUGUUCAUUGUAUGGAGCCUCAUCGAAGUCGUCAGAUAUCCGUACUACAUCACUCAACUCUACAAAAAAGAGGUCUACAUCCUAACCUGGCUCCGCUACACGAUGUGGAUCCCGCUCUACCCGAUCGGCAUCGUCUGCGAAGCCAUCGUCCUCAUCAGAAACAUUCCCUACUUCGAAGAAACACAAAAAUUCACCAUCUCCCUUCCCAACCCUUGGAAUUUCGCUUUCCACAUGCCCACAGCCUUACGAGUGUAUCUACUAUUCCUCAUGUGCCCAGGUCUGUAUCUAGUUAUGAGCCAUAUGCAUAAACUUAGAACGAUCAAGCUCAAACCUAAAGUAGUCAUCAAAAAAUCCAAAUAGUAUAACGCCAUAGGUAAAGCGGCGUCGGACUUGGUGAAAUUGUGCACGGUUCUGUGGAUAGCACGUAUUACUGGUAUGGACGUUGUCUUUACUAAAAUAAGUAUGGGGUUGUAUCGCGAUGUUUGUCAAUUUUUUGAGAUUGAAGAUAGCAAUUUGACUGAGUAAGGUGUCAUAUCUGACACUCAAGAAGGUACUAAAUCGCGCACCAUAAA